AUGGUGGAUAACAAAGUGGAAGUGCCAGCGCUGCCAAGAUCAUCCCUGACGAACUCAGCAUUACAGAAUCUCUCAAAGUCAAAGUCAGCGCUACUGCAGUCAGCGCUGCCGAAUCCAACUCCGCCGAUGUCAGCGCUGCCAAGUCCAGCUCUGCCUAAUUCAGCUCUGAAUAGCUCUGCCUUCACAAGAGCAGAGCUGCCGAGCUCAGCACAGCCCAGACCAGAGAUGCCGAGCUCAGCUCUGACCAGCCCUACCAAUGGAGAGAAGGUAUUUAUUCAGGAACAGGAGUAUAUGGAAGCUUUUGCUGGAUCGACCGACAUGGAGGAAUUAGCUAAGGAAGCUGAAGAAUCAGCGCUGCCUGAAGAGUCAGCGCUGCCGCAGCCAGCUCUGCCGAUUCCCGCGCUGCUACAGUCAACUCUGCCGAGCUCAGCACCCUUCAGCGCUGCCCAGCCAGCUCUGCCACCCUUUAGCGCUGACCAAUCCGCUCUACCGAGCUCAGCACUAUCCAGCCAUACCGAGCUGCCCUUUGAUGAACAGAUGGAAACCAAGAGGUCAGCGCUGGAACUAAAGGAACUCCCUGCCAAUCUCAAAUAUGUAUUUUUAGAAGCAGGUGAGGAGAAGCCAGUGAUCAUAUCUUCCACGCUGACUUGGGAGCAAGAGGCAGCGUUGCUCAAGGUAUUGAAGAGAAACAAGGCAGCUUUGGGAUGGAGCCUGGCAGACAUUCGUGGCAUAAGUCCAGCCACAUGCAUGCACAAAAUUAACCUAGAGGAGGGAGCAGCACCCAAGCGAGACGCUCAGCGACGAUUGAAUCCUAUUCUGAUGGAUGUCGUGCGCAAGGAAAUCCUUAAGCUACUGGCCGAAGGGAUCAUCUACUCUGUCGCUGAUAGUGAGUGGUGCAGCGCUGCAGAGUCCAGCUUUACCGAGCCCAGCUCCACCGAAUGCAGUGCUGCCCAGCCCAACGCAGCUCAGUUCAUCCCUGCAAGCCUUGCCAAAGUCAGCGUUGAUAAGCUCAGCGCUGUCCAGCCCAGCACUGCCGAACUCAGCGCUGCUCAGUCCAGCCCUGCGAGCGCCGAGCCCUGGUGGAGCGGUCCAUUUUUACUCAAAGAGGUGUUCGAGCAUGGUGCGGUAGAGCUGUUGAACGAGCACACAAAGGAGAGUUUCCGAUUAAAAGAGUCAGCGCUGGCCAAACGUCGAAUGGAGCGGGCUAGCAAAAGAAGGAAAAGUCACCAAAAAUUGCCACCCGCAAGCGACGCCCAGCGCUGCCAGCCACUCCCGUCAGCGCUGCCAGCCCGCUCAGCGCACCCGCUAAGCCCGCCCAGCCACACCGCCACACGCCAGCGCUACCAGCCACCCCGCCCAGCCACACCGCCACACGCCAGCGCUGCCAGCCGCCAAGACCGCCCAGCCACGCCCCCGGCAGCGCUGCCACCCGCCAGCGCUGCCACCCCGCCAGCCACGCCCCGCCCAGCCACACCGCCACAUGCCAGCGCUGCCGCAUGCCGGGGCUGCCCUCUCCUCGCCCAGCUCUCCACCCGCAAAGACCACAACCCCAAUGAAUCCCUCUACGCCACCAUCAUCCACAAGCUCGCCCUCGCCAACAACUUCGACGCCAUCGAGUCACUGAUGCAGCAAAUCAAGGCCACGCGCAAAUGCCGCCUCUCCGACAGCGCUGACCAUCUAGCCCGCUGCGCUCUGCCAAAUGCCAGCGCUCUCCAAAUUCAACACGGCAGAACGUCAGCGUUGCUACAUGAAAGCGCUGCCAGCACCUUCACUCUCCAUUUUCAGCGCGGCAUCACGCCAGCGCUGCCAAAUGCAAGUGCCUUCGCUCCCAAAGAUUCAGCCCUGCUGCCACCCUGCCCUGUUGCGCCCAACACCCGUCAGCGCUGA